GGCUGUGUUGCUGUCCUAUCGUGUCAUGUCGACGACCUCCAAGGUGGUGCUAGGAGUCUCCAUCCUGAUCUCGGGUGGAAUUGUCAUUGGUGUCCACAUUCAGCAGAAGCAUCUGAGAGAGAGGCUACAUGAAGGAGUGGUCAGAGACUUUGAGAGACAGAAUUGUAAACAAGAAAAUCUUCGUCUUUUGGAGCAACAGACUGCCUUGACCAAACAACCUGAAAUGGAAAGAAGCAAAAUGCUAAUGACAAGAGAAUCCCAACAGUGAAGAAGAAGAAUUCGCAUCUUCAUUUUCACUUCAAUAAUUUGAUUGGUUUCAUAUUUAUUGAGACAGCCUUUAUAUUGCAUGUGCUUUAAAUGUUGGAAGAGACAGCUUCUUACAUAGUAAAAGUAACUCUGAUCAAGACACAAUCGAUAAUGUGUACAUGAGUGAGAUGAUGAACAGACAUGAUGAUGAAGCUACAAGGACAUCCCCUUCAGAAGGGCUGGAAGAAGUGGAAGUGGAAGGAGAGACACUUCUCAUAGUAGAAUCUGAAGAUCAGGCAUCAGUAGAUUUGAGUCAUGAUCAAAGUGGGGACUCUGAAUAGUGAUGAAGGAGACCCAUUGUGGACAG